ACACACGCAUACAAAACAUAAACUCACAAACUUCGCUCAAUUGGUUUGAUAGCUGAUUCCAUGCACUCUCUGCCACCUCUGGAAUUGUAUGUAUGUGUUUUUAUGCAAAUGUUUCGGCUUGGUUUGAAUGUGAUCACUGCACCGAAUGACAUUGCCCACGUUUUAUAUCAUACUUCACCCCCAAACACCACAUAAUGUGAAACUAAAGUCAAAAAUGUCUCAUCCAGGCAAGCUUAUAGCGUGCCACUCCAACUGCGUGGCGUGUUUAUCGGCAUUUAGCGCUAAUGUUCAAGCGCGGAGCUAAAAGCUACAGUUUCUCCUCAACUCCUGCCUUUCAAUUGGUGGAGACUGGUCAGCUGACGUUGUCAUAUUGUCUCUCACCGAGCCAAGCCUCGGCUAUAACACUCGGGUUUGUGCGUCUUAACCGGAGAUUGGAAAUUAAUAAUAUCGAAUCCUCAAAGUAGCCCACGUCCAGUUGGAGAAGCAGAAAGUCGACAGAAAAAAAGAAGACCUUGGAGAAAGGUGUGGUUGGUUGACACAGACGCGAAGGAGAUUUACUGAGAACGAGAUUGAAGAGAGACCGAUAAAGAAGUGGGGAGAGUUGGAGAGAGGGUUACAGGCAAGGUAUGAAUUCGUAUUUCGCGAACCCGUCGCUCUCCUGCCAUUUAUCCGGUGGUCAAGACGUUUUGCCCAACGUACCCCUAAACUCCACCACCUAUGACACAGUCAGACAUUUUUCCUCGUACGGCGCCGCCGUGACCCAGAAUCGGAUAUAUGCACCUUUCUACUCUCCUCAAGACAAUGUCGUGUUUGGGUCUGGCAGGGCACAGUACGAAUACGGAUCAAACGUGUUUCUUCAGGACAAGGACGUGCUGCCGAGUUGCAGACAAACAAACAUGGGACUCAAUACACAAAGCCACAUUGCUCAAGAGUACAGUUUGGACCAAGGAAGAGCAGGAGCGCAGGAUCAGAAAACCAACAUCCCGAUCUACCCGUGGAUGCAGCGAAUGAACUCACACAGCGCAGGAGUGGGCUACGGGACAGACAGGCGCAGAGGACGUCAAAUAUACUCUCGUUACCAAACUCUUGAGCUGGAGAAGGAGUUUCAUUUCAACCGCUACCUGACCCGGCGCAGACGCAUCGAAAUUGCAAAUGCGCUUUGCUUAACGGAGCGGCAGAUCAAAAUCUGGUUUCAGAACCGACGUAUGAAAUGGAAGAAAGAGAGCAACCUGACCUCCACGGUGACUGGAAGUGAACAGACAGGAGCCUCUCCGGAGGAGGAAAGCAAUGGCGCAAUGGAAGAACAGAAAGACGAGGACAAGAAAAAAGAAUAGCUUAGAAAGAAAUCACAGGGGAGAACACCUGAUGACCAUUUAAACCCAACAUAACUACCUAAAAAAAAAUCUGUAUGGAUUUAAGAGCGACUUCACUGCAUGAUGACUACCGCAGCUCUCCCACUUAUAUCCCAUAUUGACGACAGGAGUGUUGAGCCUUAGAAAUCCAGAUUAUUUCAGCCACAGAUUGUCCCCCCGUGACUCUCGUGGGAUGCUGAUUCUGUUUUAUUGCAAUGUCACACUUGUAUUGUGAAAAUAAAAAUAAGUAUUCAUUUCUACGUGAUUUUUCAUGCCAGUAAAAUCUGUGUAUUUAUCCCCCCACAGCCCAUCCAUCACUGUGAACUCUUUGAUCACCUCACCAACUACAUUGUUGGUCAGACUUUACUCAAUGUUGUACAUGCACAUUCCACGGAGGAAAAGGGAAGGACGGGCGGGCACUGCUUUUCACCACAGUAUUAUAGUAGCUAUAGGAGACCUAUUUUAAUCGUUUGCCAAAAGGUGUCCUGCACAAACAUGAAACUUGCACGGACUUAGACCACAGUCCACACACCAACAGCUGUAAUGCCUGUAAAUAAGCAAAGUAACAAUAUACCAUGUUAAUCCCGUAAGGACGUCUUAGCCGCUUUGAUCGACACUGCAUUAAAUAAAAUUGCGCUUUGCCCCCCAUUUUGUUUUUAAUUCCACACCAUAGGCUCUCAUUGCGAAACAGAUAUGUACACUAGUAAUUAUUGGCUUCUGUUUGGGAGUUACGAAUUCAUGUUUUGUCAUAAUUGUGUAUCAUGUAAUAAAGUGUUUGCAAAAAUGUCACCCUCGUCUUGUGCUUUAGGGAGCAUCACAUAGGGUCAAAUGAUCGUAUAAAAGAUGUGUUGAUUUAGACACCAACCUAAGUACGUGUUUGUGGGAACUUGUUUGACAU